AUCAGACAUUUCAGGUAAAACAUGAGGCCUAAGACAAGUCAAGUCCUCAAUUCCAAGGUCCUCCUUUUAGGGGUUUUCUUUGCUUUUCUCCUCCUUUUCGUGUUGAGAUCAAGUUUAUCGUCGUCUCCGAGCACGUUGCGAAAUUUUGCUGUAUCUAAAACGUCUAGUCCUGUCGAAGAAAGCAAGGAUUGUUCUCCGUCAUGCAACAAGAUACCACAUGCUCUUGCCCAAGCUCUCGUCCACUACGCGACUUCGAGUAUCACCCCGCAACAGACGUUGAAGGAGAUCUCGGUCACGGCGAAGAUACUAGAGAAGAAGUCACCUUGCAACUUCCUAGUGUUCGGUCUGGGCCAUGAUAGCCUUAUGUGGAGUUCGCUCAACUACGGUGGACGAACGGUUUUCCUCGAAGAAGACGAGGCCUGGAUCGAGCAAAUCCGACGCCGGUUCCCCAUGUUAGAGUCCUACCAUGUCACGUAUGACAGCAAGGUGAACCAAGCCGAUAAUCUCAUGGACGUGGGCAGAGGGCCCGAAUGCACAGCAAUCACAGACCCUAAAUACUCAAUGUGCCAACUUGCAUUGAAAGGUUUGCCGAGUGAAGUUUACGAGAUGAAAUGGGACUUAAUAAUGGUAGACGCGCCGACCGGGUAUUAUGAGGACGCUCCGGGGAGGAUGACCGCCAUAUACACCGCAGGUAUGAUGGCGAAGAAUAAAGAGAAAGGAGUGACCGACGUGUUCGUGCAUGAUGUGAACCGAGUCGUGGAAGAUAAAUUCUCCAUGGCAUUUUUGUGUGAAGGGUACAUGAAGAAGCAAGAAGGGAGGCUUAGACACUUCAGAAUCCCUAGCCAUAAGGAUGGCUUGGAAAGGCCAUUUUGCCCAGAGUGAUGAUUUUACAAAUUAUUUGUUAUAUUGUUGAUUGAUGAUGUUUCAUGGGGAAUUAUCCUUUUUGUUCAAAAUCGGAAGAAUAAAUAUA